UUUCCACUUUUUUUGAAUUUGUGCUCUUGUUUAGAGACUCAUAUCUUUUAAAAAAAACUAAAAAAAUGAAUAUCUCUGCAAUCCAAAUUAGCGAAAGAGACAUAAUCGAGGAGUGGCUUCUGCCUCUGGAAGAGAUCGAGGAUCCUCGAUUGGUGGCCACUCGCAUCUUCAUGACAAUCUGGCUCACCUGCACUGUCCUCCUCGGAAUCCCAGGAAAUAUACUCAUCAUUGCGGUCGUUGUCAUGUUCAAACACCUUCGUGAGGUGCCCCACUUACUUGUCAUCAACUUAGCGGUCAGUGACCUUGGAGUUAUGCUAAUGAGUGGACUGGAAUUAAUUGGGGUGUUUUACGGAGACACUUUCCUCCCUAAAUAUCCCCUUCUGUGCGAGUUUAGUGGAGUUUUGUGCAUGUCUUGCUGCUUCGCCAGUCUCUGGACUAUGAUGUUUAUCGCAAUCAACAGGUGUAUGUUCAUCUGCAAACAAGAGAUCUACGAUCGGUUCUUCGGACUGAAGGGGACCCUGCUCUGCAUAGCUCUCAUUUGGAUCACUGUCUUUCUCAUCGACUUGCCCAACUUCCCUUUUAUGGGACUGGCGGCCCAUGAGUUCAACCCUUUCUACCUCCACUGUACCUUCAAAAUGGACGGUUAA